UGCUAUAUCGGGUUUAUCCACUUCCCGGGCAAACAUACUUAUUACAGAGUACUUCUUUGCUAAGCAGCAUUAAUGGAACUCAUCUUCGUUAAUCGUUAAUCAGUAAUCUAUAAUCAGGACUGAUAAUGAUCUUAAGUAAAGGCGUAAGACUAUGGUUAGUGACAUUAUGGUGACUCUUUACAGCUAAGCCAGCCGCCCUCCUUUUCCGCUUUCCGCCACCGCCUUGCUCCUCCCUUUAUAUGAACUCUUUACUUAUCGUCCUCUUCCAGCAUCUUCAUAUUUGGGGUAUCAUUUCACUUUUUUAUUAGGGGUUCGGGAUGACGGAGGGUAUGGAAGUGGAAUCUAGCUCCUGGCGAGACGAGUUGGCAAGCUUGAUGGACGACCCCGGUGGCGGUGGGGUUGACGGUGCCGCGCCUGCAUUCGAGGCGAAGAGGCCGUCGGUGUUUUUGUUCCCGGAGAGCGAGCCGGCGAAGGAGAAAGAGAGCACGAAGGACCAAAUCAAGGGUUUUGUGAAGGCAUGGGGGGAAUUGUUGCUGGAGUUGGGGAAGGUAUGCAAGGACGUGGUGAGGCAGAGCUUGUUCACUGAGAACUCCUACAUUGUGCGGAAAACGAAAAGGCCGAUAUCCGCGGUUUCGAAGAGAUUGAGUUUCUUCAACGAAUACUUGCCUGAGGAUCGGGAUCCGGUGCACGCUUGGUCGGUUAUCUUGCUCGUCUUCUUUUUGGCAUUUUCUGUUUUGGGUGUAAAUAAUAGAAGGGAUACUAUGGGCAUAGUAGAAGUUAAGAGAGUGCGCAUUCAUCCUCCUAGUGCCACCAGGAUAGUACUUCCAGAUGGCAGGCACAUGGCAUAUCAGGCACUAGGGGUUCCAUCUGAUAAAGCUAGACAUUCCCUAAUCAUCCCUCAUGGGCUCCUCUCUUCUAGGCUUGCAGGCAUACCAGGAGUCAAAUCGUCACUGCUGGAGGAGUUUGGUGUUCAAUUGAUAACUUAUGAUCUUCCAGGUUUUGGUGAGAGUGACCCUCACCCUGAAAGGAAUCUUAACACAUCAGCUCUGGAUAUGGCAUUCUUGGCAGAUAGUGUUGGAGUAAAUGGUAAAUUUUGGGUAUUUGGUUAUUCAAGUGGAGCUGUUCAUGCUUGGGCUGCACUCAAUUACAUUCCCAAUCGAAUUGCUGGUGCUGCCAUGAUUGCUCCCCUAGUCAAUCCAUAUGAUUCAAGCAUGACACAUGAUGAAAUGACAGUAAUGUGGGAUAACUGGAUGCCAAGAAGGAAACUAAUAUUUGGUUUAGCACGCAGAUUUCCGAUGUUUUUAGGCCCCAUGUACCGCAAAGCAUUCCUCUCUGGGCAGCAUGGUAAAAUUGAUGAAAGGUUGUCUUUAUCACUGGGAGAGAAGGAUAGGGUUCUAAUUGAGGAACCAGCCUUUAUAGAAUUCUGGCACCGGGAUGUUGAAGAGUCUAUCCGUCAGGGGAAAGUUAAUCCGUUUGUUGAGGAAACUGUGUUGCAAGUGUCCAAUUGGGAUUUUAGCUUACGGGAUUUACAAGUUAAAGAAAAAUGUGACUCUUUUGGAUUUCUCCCAUGGCUAAAGUUCAUCUAUGGUCAACCAAAAUGUGAAUUGACUGGAUUUCUUGGACCAAUUCACAUCUGGCAGGGAAUGGAUGAUCAUGUUGUCCCGCCACCAAUGACCGAAUACGUCUCUAGGGUUCUUACAGAUGCCUUUGUGCAUAAAUUGCCAGGAGAGGGGCACUUGUCCUAUUUCUUUUUCUGCAACGAAUGCCAUAGACAAAUGUUCUCGACCCUUUUUGGAAGACCACAAGGAACCAUCAAAGCCAUCAUCUAUGAUGAUGCUUCAACAGCAGAAGAUGGUGGAGAAGGAGGUUUCA